UGGCUGCUGUUGCUGACAUCAGAACUUCUCUGGACAUCAAACCAAGCUGGUCUGACUGUGAGUCCCAGUAGAUCUCAGUUCUUUAAAGAUGAAUCUGUGUCUCUGAGCUGUGAGGAGGACAACAUCUCUGCUGGAUGGACUGUGAGGAGAAACACAACCAGAGAAACCAGAGCUGAGUGUGAUGAAUGGGGUCAAGCUGCUAACUCCUUCUGUUCCUUAACUGGCACCAUCCCAUUAGACACUGGAGUGUACUGGUGUGAGUCCAGAGAGGGAGCAGCCAGCAGCAGCAUCCAGCUCACUGUCUCUGGUGGAUCAGUGAUCCUGCAGAGUCCUGUCCUCCCUGUGAUGGAGGGAGAUGACGUCACUCUGAGCUGUCAAACAAAGACUUCCUCCAACCUCCCAGCUGCUUUCAUUAAAGAUGGCUCCCUCAUCAGGACUGAGCCUGCAGGUCACAUGACCCUCCACCAUGUGACCAGCUCUGAUGAAGGUCUCUACAAGUGUAACAUCAGUGGUCAUGGAGAGUCUCCAUCCAGCUGGAUCUCUGUCUCAGAGAAAAACACCAUGACUCCUCCACCUACAUCCACCUCUCCUCCACCUGCAUCCACCUCUCCUCCACCUGACUCUCUGUCUCAUUUCUACAUGAUCCUUCCUCUUGCAUGUGUUGGUGUUUCAGUUCUUCUGCUCUUACUGGUUCUUCUGGUGAGACGCCUCUGCAGGAAAGCUGCAGGUGGCGACCCAGCAGCACUUUGCCCAUCAACGAGAAGAACAGCAGACAUUACUGAAGCAACAGACAGUGACCCAGCAGCACUUUAUUCAUCAAUGCGAAGAAGAACAGAUGUUCCUGAAGCAGGAACUGAUCCAGGAUCAGGUUACUCUUCAGUGAGGAGACACAGUGACAUCAUGUAUGGGACAGUCAGCAUCAGGAUGAAGAGCAGGAGAGAACACCCAGCAGAACCAGAAUCAGACGUCGUCUACUCUUUACUGAAGGCGACCAUGGCACCACCACACGAGUCCGACCCGCCUUGCUGUUAACUGGAUCUCCUCAGACCUCUGGACUAGACUGUAUCCAAGUAGAUGAAGUUCAUCUCUUCAGUCCAAUGCUGGAGCGGGCCGGGUGUUGGCCUGGCUCCAGUAGGAGCCAACUGGUUCUGUAAGGUUACAGGAGCUUUCUGGGAUUUAGAUUCUCCAUAUUCUGCCUGGACGUUUAACAUUUAUUCACAACCGACAUAAAUCUAGUGAAAGAUUUAAAGCUACAGAAACGUUAAUGAUGAAGAUGCAGGAAGUUUAAAUGUGGUUUUAGUUCCACACAUCAGAACUUUACUCUGUCAGCGGACUUACUGGACCUCAAGUUAGACGGAUGACGAGCCCGAUCUUCCAUUUCAGAAUCCUUUGUGUCUUAUUUUAUUUAUAAGCGCAGAUAUUUAGACUUUUACAUUCAGCGGUUCAACGUUUGUUCUAAAAUAAAAUCAUUCAAGAUAAAAAGCAGAUUUUAUGUUUCUAUCCAGUUUAUAUUAAUAAAGUCGACCCACAUUUUUACCUGA